AUGGAAGCCUCUCCACAGCAGAACGGCAAUGCCGACGCUGCCUCCAACGUUGCCGAGCAGGGCUCCGCCUACAGUGGUAACUCGCGUGGGCCCAACACGGUCGAGCAGAACUCGGCGGAGAAGCGCGCGCGCCUCGACCUGUUCCUUGCGGACACAGCCCUCCAGGGUCGCAGCAGCGAUCAUGCCGGCACUGUCGAGCACCAAGAUGCUCGGACUCGGCGUAUCUUGGACGCAGUCACUGCUAUCGACGAGCUCCUUCCCAAGAAAGCAGGUAGUGAACCCACCGACGGCCAGGCCGAUGACAACUUGCCCAUGGAUCUUCAAGGCAUCGGCAAGCAAUUCGACGAGUAG